GUUAUUGAAACCAAAUAAAAUUGAUUAAAAUUUUAUUUCAUAUAUCGAAACAUAGAGAUUCGUAUCAAUUUCCAAAGCCGCUACUUGAUCCGGGCAGGAACGCGUGGCCGACACCGAAAGCCAUCUAUAUAUCCACUUGGAGAAAAGGAGGUGUUAUCUCAUCCGCUUUUUCUGAAUUAUUGCUAUACCCUGUUGUUUAAGCUAUUCUUCCAUGGAGUCAACUACUCAAAAUAAACCUAGCUCUCACCACGGGAAGCACGCCAAAUCUUCCUCAGAGCUACUCGCUAGUGCCAAGUUGGUGACCGAGGCAGCGAAGAACACACUGCACCAUGAAAGCGACAAGGUUGACAAGGGAAUGGUUGCUGGUGCGGCCGCUGAUCUCUUAUGUGCUGCCUCCCACUAUGGCAAGUUGGAUCAGGAGAAGGGCGUUGGCAUGUAUGUUGAAAAGGCAGAGAAUUACUUGCACCAAUACCAGUCUUCCCAUUCAACCCCCACCACCACUCAUUCUGAUCACUCUACCAAACCUGAGAAACACUCGGGGUCACAUGCCAGCGGUGGUGAUCAUGGCCAUGAUUCUGGAAGUGGUGGCUAUGGGGAUUACAUAAAGAUGGCUCAAGGUUUCUUGAAGAAACAUUAAUUAACCUGUGGUAGAGCGAGCUGUUGUGAUUGGUUUUCCUUGAUUUCUUCUUUGCUGUAUGUUUUAUGCAAAUUAAUGUGUAAUAUGCAGAUAUUUAGAAUUCUGCUAAUCUGUUAUCUGCUGCAAUAAUCUUAAGUGAAUAUUAUAACCCAAU